AUGGGAACAAAUAACUACGGUGAAAGCUGGCACAACCAGCUCAAGAUUAGUUAUUUGCAAAAAAUAAGAAAUAAAAAAGUGGCCAGACUGGUGUAUAUUUUAGUCAAUGAUGUUGAAGAAGGCUUUCUGAGUCACAUAGAGCGAAUCGGAAUGAAUAUUGGAAGAAUGGGACCUGAAGCAGGAAAAGCAAGAAGAAGAGAGCUUGAAGCUGAAGAGUCGUUCAACAACGCAAAGGAAUCAUAUGAAGCACGUGUUGAAAAUAAUACGACAAAGGAUUGUAGUUACCUAGAGUUUCGAUACCAAAACAGGGCUUGCAAGCACAUGUUUUUUCUGACGCGUUGUGCUGAAUAUAAUGUUUGGAGAGGUUCAGUUAUACUGAAACAGCAAGCAAUGAAGGAUCGCAACCUGAAAUUGAAGAUGAGCUACAAAAAGAACAUGUAGAUAGUUGAAAAGCUGCAGAUGCUGAAAGAGGUUGUAGAGAUGUUAUGGCCUGAAGAAAUUGGCAAUUCGUGGAAGCUUCAAGUAGAGCAGUUUAUAGGAAAGUUGUAUUAAAAAGCAAACAUGAAGAACAGCUGUCAUCGAAC